AGACUCUCUUGAUGUAAAACCUUGGUGAAAUUGCAAAACAAGUCAGUCUAAGCGAUGACCGACAGUCUGCCAGACAUCCUGAGAGCGUUGCCGGAUCCCGCGAGUGUCUUCUGCAGCCUUCAAUUGCAAGAAGUGUGCGACGGUAUGUCUCACAUACCACAAGCAAGCAGUGAGAGCGCGAUGCCGGCAUUCUCUUCCUUUCUACCCGCCCCCAUUUCAAAGUUCAACUCUAAAGCGCCACUAUCACUCAGUCUCGACCAAUCAGCGGUGGCUUGUCAUAGCCAAUCGAUACCAUCAUCGUCAGAGACAUCUGCUGCCUCUUCUCCUCUAACUCCAAAACUAUUCGACAUAUUCGACCUUCCUGGAUCGAGUCGGGUCGCAGCAGCUCAGACUCCAAGAGCUAGUCUUUUCAGAAAUCUAACUACAGAACCGGGCUUGAGUGGUCAAUCGCUGUGGGAGUUCUUGCUUGAAGUCCUAAAUGACGAAAGACACCGAUCCAUUAUAUGCUGGACGGGUAAUGAGGCUGAGUUCAAGCUUGUUGAUCACCAAGCUGUUGCUCGAGAGUGGGGACGACGCAAAAACAAGCCAAAUAUGACAUAUGAGAGAAUGUCGAGAGCACUACGAUAUUACUACACGAAAAAGAUUCUGGAGAAAGUACCAGGACAACGAUAUGUCUAUCGGUUCAUCGUACCAGCCAGUAGCAAAGAAGCUGCCAGUAUUACAACUAAAGGAAUGUACGGUAGCCCUCCACCACAGAACGACAUCAAAACAUCGACAUGCAAACACAUUCCAAGCAAUGAAGCUCGUUUGGUUGCAACAGCAAGUCAACAAGAUGAUCUUAGCUGUUCCAAAUCCAGCAGUAGAGAUCCGAGCUCUCUUGAUUUUGGGCCUAGACUAAACAGCAUCGAUAACCUACUUGCUCUUCCAACCGAUGGCAGCGACAUAGACCAAACCAUCUCAAACGAUCUCGAUUUUCUAAAACUUUUGGAAGACAUCUGACCAGACGACAUCAAUAAAAGGUUCAACUCAGACAAUUAGUCCUCUAGUUUACAUAAGUCCUGCUUUAUUAGCUUUUGUAUGGCAAAAACUUGCAAUUGUUGCUAUUUUGUGCGGCAGCUUUUUGGAUGAGCAAGCAGCUACAAAACCUGUCUACAUCAACAGUCUUUUCCCACAUCAUUCACAAUACAGUUGAUGUCUUGAGACAUCUGUAUCUACCAAUUUGCAGACUAUUUUCAUAUUGGCACCUGACAAGUCUAGUCUAGCAGGCACGGACUCUUACUCCACAAAGGAAGAGUUUUGUUUAUCGUCAAGCUACAAGCUUGGACUUACCAUACACAAAUGUGUUACAUGCGUAAUGCCCGAUAUCAAGUGCUU